UACAUUCAUUACAUGAUGUUAUGAUGUGGAGUAACAUUAUAUUGGAGUACCAAUAACCGAAAAUCAUAAACCCAUGACACACGCAAUACGUGAUGCCACACAGAUCAUGUACCACAAAGUUCCAACUUCCACUGCACACAUAUAAGAAAUACAGGAUGGACACAGAUUGAAGAUCAAAUUGAUGAUUACAGUCCUAAGAGCGUCUGGCAGCCUUAUUUUAGUGUUUGUUUUAAAUGUGGUUUUCUCACCCAUAAAAAGAAAUAAAAGUACCUAUAAGUUUAUCUUAUUGAGAAAAAUGACAGUGAAAAAAUGUUUUCCAUUUCCUUUGAAGACAGAAGCCACCCAAAAAGAUGAACAUGCAAAAAAACCAAAUGCUAAACGCAUAUAUUCUAUUUUUUUCUGAAUAUUUUCAAAUUCCCAGGUUUGUUUGGGUUAUGAAAGCUUCUAAACGCAAAUUAUGUAAAUUACCCAGGCUACAUUUCUGUUUUGCAACAAAAAAAAUGAUUAUCGUGUUACCUGUAGUCUUCUAAAGUCAUGCUAAUGAAAACACUAAUCAGAGAUUACAGUCACUUAAAAUUUCAUCCCUGAUCUGUUGUAGCUAUGUAGCAUUGAGCAACUAGAUUUGUAACUUUAUUCUGAUGCAAUGUGUACGAGAGUGAAUUCAUUCAGUUCCUAAUGAAAUGUUGAUCUGGAGCCUCUUGCUCCACCUGGGUGAUAAUUGGGGCCGAUCACAGAAGGGUGUAGGAAAAGGCUGGGGAAUACUUAAGCUCAUUUUGCAGUUACUUUGAGCUCUCAGGAAAUGAGUGAUUCUUGUGUAGCAACAGCCUGAAGAUUUCUACAUAUACAAAGGAGGCGCAGAUUAAAGAUUUUAUAUUAAUUUAUUCAGUGAAGACUUGCAGAAGAGCAAAUGACAGUGAACUCUUUAAAAAAAAAAAAGUUUACUAUAACUUGUACAACACUUCUGACAGUGGUUCAACUCAUGAUGGAAGAGCAAAACGUUACCACAGAAGUCCCAGCAGCCCUAAAGCGCCUGGCCAAAUACAUAGUGAGGGGUUUCUAUGGAGUAGAGUACUCCCUGGCCAUGGAUGUACUGACCCGCUACCCCUGUGUGAAAGAGGAUGACUUGUUACAGCUGCUCAAGUACGAACGCAAACAACUGCGCACUGUUCUCAACACACUCAAGGCAGACAAGUUUGUGAAGCUGCGUAUACGAGUCGAAACAGGGCCUAAUGGGAAGAGCACAAGGCACAACUACUAUUACAUCAAUUAUAAGGUGCUGGUGGAUGUGAUAAAAUACAAACUGGACCACGUACGCCGGAAGAUAGAAGCAGAUGAGCGGGAUUCAACUACCAGGUCCUCGUUUAAAUGUCCAUCUUGUUCUAGCACAUACACAGACCUGGAGGUCAAUCAACUCUUUGAUGUAUUUACAGAGACUUUCCGCUGUACUUACUGCAAUACUGAAGUAGAGGAAGACGCCUCAGCACUGCCUAAGCGAGAUGCUCGAACCUUGCUAGCAAAAUUCAAUGAGCAGAUGGAACCUAUCUUUGUGCUACUGCGUGAGACGGAAGAUAUUGUUCUGCCCUAUGACUUGUUGGAGCCUCAGCCAACAGCAAUCCCAGGAAUAUCAGAAAGCUUUGACCAGAAGGUAUGUUCAAGCGUCCUGGAAUGCAGCAGCAGACCUGAAAAAUGGGCCACCCAAAAUUCCUCUUUUGGCAAUACGUAUAGUCAAAACUUAAUUAUUGGUGUCCAAGAUUCUGAGCGCAAGAAGAAAGAAAAAGCAACUAAAGAGCAGCCUAUCUGGAUGUCACAGAGCACUGUGGAAGGAGCAACAACAGCUAUCAUCAAUAAUGCUGGAACAAAUGCUUCUGAAGAAGCAGAAGAAACUGUUAAAGAAACUGUCACUGAGAAUGAAAUCAUCAAGACUCUUCUCAUCCAUGAAUCCAUGAAGUCAUUGUCUAGCACAGACUAUCCUCCUGCUGUCAAAAUCAAACAACCUGAAUCAGGCAGUGACACUAAUGAGUCUGAAAAUGCCAAACACUCAAGUACAGUAAUAACAAAAGUAGCAGGCAGCAAGUUUGAACAAGAGGAAGAGCAAGAAGCACUAGAUCCUAUUUUAAUGGUAGCUGGGCGGCCUUACUCAUAUGGUGAAAUUAGUGAAAACCCAGAGCUUGUCUCUCUCAUGACAAAUGAAGAGAGAGAAGCUUAUAUAAAAGUAGGACAAGAAAUGUUCCAGUCUGUGUUUGAGUAAAUACUACUGCACUGAAUAUACAAGCCUGUACAGAAUGGGCAAAGUUUUCUUUUGGAUUAAGACAAAGUUAGCUUGAUCAUUUAACUUACGAUCUUAAAUUUACCAUUGAUGGGUUAUGUUUUGUUUGAAUGCUUUCUGUUAGCAAGAUCAUAAACUAAAUGUUAUUUGUAGGAGGUAACUACAGUUCAAAACACUAGCAUUGCAGCAAAAGGAGCCCAAAGUUACUAAGAGUUUUCUAUUGUCUUAAUGCUUGGAUUUUUGUGAAUGCUAUAAUCAGUAAUUUUGGAGCAUAAAUAAUUCCAAAAUGCAACUGAGUAUUGUGAUGCAAUUAAAAUAAAGUUUCAAAAGCAACGUCAUAAUCUACUUUAAAAAAAGUCAUUGUACCUUCCUCCUAGAAUUAGCAAAAGUGAGUCAAAUUCCAAGAGGGCUCGGUUUCACUCUGUAGCAGUGUGUUCUACAUAUUGGCUUGUAGGUCAUUCUCUAUGCAGUAGUAGUAAGUGUUAUACAGCAACUUUCCUCAAUACAAAGAGCUGCUACUAAAUUUUGUUAGCCACGGAAGAAGAUCAGCUCUGUUAACUUUCAUCUUAAAAAUAACAAAAUGGGGGGAAAAAACCUAAAAAUGCUUUUCACUUAUUGCUCCAUACAACUAUUGCUAAGGGUAUGAAUAGCACAAUGAAAUUCAAAAUCUU